AUGCUUCGUAUCAAUCGCGUUCGACAGUUCUCACACAUCAGAAGCUUCUCCAGCACGUCACGUGCCCUGAACUCCGGCUCGUCGCUUCCUCUGGCUGGGGUCAGAGUGGUGGACAUGUCUCGGGUUCUGGCCGGACCCUACUGCACACAAUUGCUGGCUGAUCUGGGAGCAGACGUGAUCAAAAUCGAACACCCGACUCGUGGCGAUGACACUCGAGCCUGGGGUCCGCCGUUUGCGCCAUACACAAAGACGGAUGACUCUCUUGGAGUCAGUAGGGAUAUGGUGGAGGUUGCAGGCACAGCACCUGGCGAGUCGGCUUACUUUCUUUGCGUGAACCGAAACAAAAAGUCCGUCGGCCUGUCCUUCCAGUCGGACGAGGGCAAGGCUGCUCUCAAACGUCUUAUUGCUUCUGCUGACGUGUUUGUCGAAAACUACGUUCCUGGCACUCUCAAACGGUAUGGACUCAGUUACGAUGAUCUCAAGGAUGCUAACCCCAAGCUCAUCUACACAUCCAUCACAGGAUACGGCCAGACUGGACCUUACUCGCACCGACCCGGCUACGAUGUCAUGGUUGAAGCGGAAAUGGGACUCAUGCAUAUCACCGGAGAACCGGAUGGAGCUCCCUCCAAGGUCGGAGUAGCCGUGACUGAUCUCACCACCGGCCUCUACGCAUCUAACUCCGUGCUGGCAGCUCUCAUUAAGCGAGGCGUUUCCGGCAAGGGCACGCAUAUCGAUGCCUCUCUAGCCGACUGUCAGGUGGCUUCUCUUGCCAACAUCGCCUCUCAGGUGCUCAUCAGUGGCAAGCCUGACUCGGGCCGACAGGGAACUGCGCAUCCGUCCAUUUGCCCCUACCAGGCCUUUGAUACCGCCGAUGGAAGCAUUAUGAUCGGAGGAGGCAACGACAAUCUGUUCAAGUUGGCCUGUGACGCUCUGGGCAAGCCUGAGUGGAAAACUGACCCCCGGUUCUUGUCCAACGCCCUUAGAGUCAAGAACAGAGACAUUCUGGUGCCUGCCAUUCACGAGGUGACCAAGACCAAAAAGACCAACGACUGGGUUGAAAUCUUCAAGGUCUUCAACUUCCCAUUUGCCGCUAUCAACGACAUUCAGACCACGCUGAGCAACGAGCACGUUGUGGCACGAGACAUGAUCCAGACUGUGGAUCACCCCGUUUGUGGUCCCAUGAAACUCGUCGGUGUCCCCGUCAAGUUUUCUGACAAGACGUCGCAGCCCAACAUUCGAAUGCCCCCGCCUCUGCUUGGUCAGCACACCUUUGAGGUCUUCCGAGAGGUCGGGUACUCUGAUGCCGAGAUCAACAAGCUCGUCCAGGACGGCGUUAUUCGGGGCCGAAGUGACUCGGUUUAG